AUACGACAAUAAGCGUGAAUUGAGCUGAAUUGAAAGCCAUCACACACACCAUGCCCACUGUGUGUCUGUGUGUUCAUGCCAAUUAACUCUUGUGUGUUCAUGUUCCCGUGCGCGGCCAGGGGCUCCGCAGCUAGCCCUCAGUUAGCCUCUAAUUAAUAACAAAAUCAUCAUCUUCUCGCCAGUCGCGAGGAUGCAUCAUGAGCCCGAUAAAUGAUUCGAAACGGAGCCGUUAAGGGUUCAUACGGGACAGUUUAAUGACCCUACAUUUUCGGCCCCCGGCUCCUGGAACCCCAGCGCUACAACAAGGCGAGCAUCAGAGCUCCGUCUGCGGAUGUAAAGAGGAGACCCUCCGGUUAAUUUAUUGUUGGGGCGCAGCUAACCUUCGUCAUAUUGAACCAUGAUUUCCCCUUAGGAUUGUCAGAAAGCUCCAGAUGUAACUCAAGGAUAAAGAGAAAGUUGUGGAUUUCCCCCCCCAUCUUUCCCAACAUCUGCUUUUCUUCAGUGGGUUCCAGCUUAAGUCUUCAAAGCCUCGGUCACGGCGCCUUCGCCGAGCUAAGAGAUGGACUGGGCCGCUCCAGCUGCCAAACUGAAUCCGUACUCGCGAGCCCGCAUGACGGAGGCCUGGCAGCAGCACGCCGUCGCUCCGCCUCCGGUUGUCCACGCCAUCCCAGCAGGAGCUGAAAACGCUUUGAGCUGUGCUGUGUAUGGGAUCGUACUGCAGCCGGACGCCUCAUCGUUGCAGCAGCAGCAUGGAGGCGGACAGCAGCAUGCAGGAGCUCAACAACAUACAGGCGGACAGCAAGGGCAACAUCCUUCUCAAGCCCAGCAAAGCUCUUUGCAGGUGGGAACAGAGUCAGGACACAAGUGUGGGACGUGUGGACACGACAUCUCCCACCUGGCUAACCCGCUUGAACACCAGUGCAUGGUGAGUCAGGACAGGUCAUUCCAGUGCACUCAGUGUCUAAAGAUCUUCCAUCAGGCCACAGACCUACUGGAGCACCAGUGUGUUCAGGUGGAGCAGAAGCCGUUUGUGUGUGGAGUAUGCAAGAUGGGCUUCUCCCUUCUUACCUCGUUGGCUCAGCACCACACGUCGCACAACAGCAGCAACCCCAUGAAGUGUUCCAUAUGCGAGAAGACGUAUCGGCUGGGCUCCUCCGGGAACACGACACCCACAUCCUCGAGCAGCUCCCAGCCGUCCAGCAGCGACGGGGCGUCGGCGAGCAGCAGCUCGUCCAUCUUACCUUUCCCCUCGGCUCGGGACCGACCGUACAAGUGCUCCGUCUGCCAGAAGGGCUUCAAGCACCUCUCCGAACUCACGCGGCACGAGAGAGUGCACACGGGGGAGAAACCCUUCAAAUGCGACACGUGCGACAAGGCUUUCAGCCAGUCGUCGCACCUGCAGCACCACCAGCGGACACACAGCAACGAGAGGCCGUUCAAGUGCGCUGUGUGCGAAAAGAGCUUCAAGCACCGCUCGCACCUCGUCCGCCACAUGUACGUUCACUCGGGCGAGCACUUGUUCAAGUGCAACUUGUGCGAGCUGCACUUCAAAGAGUCGUCAGAACUGCUUCACCACCCCUGCCACCCCCAGGGCUCCCGACCGUUUCGCUGCGCCACAUGCGGGAAGGGCUUUAAACGGCCGUCAGACCUGCGGCAGCAUGAGCGCACGCACUCCGAGGAGCGGCCUUUUCAUUGCGACGAGUGCCAGAUGAGCUUCAAACAGCAUUACGCGCUCGUGCGGCACAGACGGACGCACAAAGACCCCUCUGACCGGCCUUUCAGAUGCAGUUUGUGCGACAAAGGCUUCAUGCAGCCCUCACACCUUCUCUAUCACCAGCACGUCCACGGCAUGGACAACCUGUUCAAGUGCGCCUCCUGCCAGAAGGAGUUCAGCCAGUCAGGAGAGCUACUCAGACAUAAGUGUGGGGAGUCAUCCAACUCCUCGCCGGACAAGCCGUACAAAUGCGACGUCUGCGGGAAGGGAUACAAAAAGAGCUCCACCUUGCAGCGCCACCAGAACUCCCACUGCCAAGAGAAGCCGCUAAAGUGCUCGCUCUGCGACCGGCGCUUCCUGUCCUCCUCGGAGUUCGUCCAGCAUCGCUGCGACCCAUCCAGGGAGAAGCCCCUCAAGUGCUCUGACUGCGAGAAGCGCUUCAAGUACUCGUCGGACCUGAACCGCCACCGGCGUGUGCACACGGGAGAGAAGCCCUUCAAAUGCGACCACUGCAGCAAGGGUUUUAAACAGCGUGAGCACUUGACCAAACACCAGAGCACGCACUCCCGGGAGGGCCAGUUCAAGUGCGUCUGGUGCGGAGAGCGCUUCAGUGACUUGGGCUCUUUGCAGGAUCACACUGUGCGGCACACGUCUGAUGGAGAUGGUUACAAUGUGCCACAGUGCAUGUGAGCCAUGACUUUUUUUUUAAACAUUUUCCCUGAAUGGACAGAACCAUCAGCACUCCACCCACAGGCUGUUUAUGAACCCAAACAUCACUCUCGUUCAGGGCAGUCCUGGGCUGCAUUCAGAUUUCUUUGAACACAGUAAAUUGGAAAUUCUGGGUCUGGUUGAACAGUCGAGAAAAAAACUCCCAAUUUUCAUUUUUUUUUUAGGCAUUUCUAUAACGUUUGAAAACACUGAGACAAAAGAUGUAUUCAAAUUAAUUUAGUUUUGUAGCAAAACUAAACUUGGAUGUUUUAAAGAACAUUGGACAAAAAUUGCACUUAAACUAGAGAUGCAUCAAUUAGUCAAACAGUGAUUCCGAUCUGCCAAUGGUCUCAUCAUUCAAUGCUACUAAUUCAGAGAUGGACAAUACAUAAAAUCCCAUUCUUAAUUACAAAAUCAAUCUGUGGAACAUCACAAUCGCAAAGAACUAUUUGUAUGCAUUAUUUGAUGCAUAAACUGGCAUUGUCUUGGAACCUCUUCCUUUUCUGUGUGAUUCAAAAAUAUCAAACAACUGUUGACACAUUUUAUUUUCUCUUUCAUGUGAUAUAGUGGUUUGAGAGAAAAACUGGGAUCAAUUGUUAAAGCCCAAAUAUCGGCCUCAGUCCAGAAAAUGUUGAUUGGUGCAUCUUUAAUUAAGAUGAAUCAUUUGUAUCCCAUUGAAGCAUAGAUUAUUUAUUACAUAUAAAUCAUGUCAGUAAACUAAAAUACAAAGCUCAGUUAAACUUAAUUUCAAAGAUGUGUAAUUGAAAAAGUUAAAGAUGAUUUAAAACCUACGAGUCAUGUCUUGGACGACUUCAAAUCCCUCAUAUUUAUUUAGGUGCACUGCAGAAAAAUGCGUAAUGUCUCCUUUAUUUUCAUAAAGGAUUGGCCUGGCAUUUUCUAUCAGAAAAUAUGUCCAGUUAAAUUCAUUCUUUUAGAAAUCUUCUUGAGUUAAAAGAAGACUGUUCAACCGGACUCUUCUCUUUUCUUCUAUACCUUGGUGUUUUAUUUGUCCAACCCACGCUCAGUGAUAGCAUUACGGAGGUUAAAACAGAGAUGUAUUCGACCGCUAGCGCUGUUGUCAGGCCUCUUCCGGUUCAUGAUUACUCUAAAAUAUUUGAUUUUUACACAUUAUCCCGCAACUACGUUCAAUAGACAUUCAAUUUUAAACUGUUUUCCCAUUUUGCUCGCGUGAACCUGAGGGGACCUCAAAGCGUUGGCGCUUCAAAGCAACAUUGAGCAUCUACAGCAAAAUGUUAUCACUACAAAUCAUUCAAACAUACUUGCUAUUUGCUACAAGAACAUGCGUUUUAGUAAUACAAAUGGAUCCAUUCGAUCCUCCUAAAACAUUUACUGUUUUUCGAUUUGAUUUGUCCGUUUUGCCUUUUUUCUUUCCCUUUUUGUUUGCUUUGUCUUUUUUCCCUCUUUCAUGUUUAAUACUUUUAGCAAAAGAUGAGAAUUACCAGCGGACCAUUUGAAACUUCUGCUCCUUACCCACAGUUGUGAUGAAAAGAGAGUACACCCUCCUUCAGUUCUAGAGUUUGACAUAACAAGACAUAAUAAUAAUGAGCUGGUCUUUAUGAGGUUCCACAUUUUUAUAGGCUGACACGCAACUGAGUUUAGGCUGUCGUCAUUAAUUAAACAAAGAUAAAGUAGAAAAACGUAAGUGCACAUCACGGUUCAAUCAUCCUUAGCAGUAAUAACGUUAAAGCUCAAAUUGUUGUUGUACUUAACGUUGAUGUACUAUCCUUGGAUUUCUGCAAACACAGUGCCGUGAAUUAUAGCUCAACCUCUCUACGUUAGUCUUGUCUGUGAAAAUUACUCUACAUUGUUCCAGCGGUUUUGUAGCUCAUUCAGACGCAACAUCGUAAAUCUCGUUGUCCCACAAUUAUUUUUAGAGAGAAGAACUAUUCUUCUUCAACCCUGUCAAAAAAAAAUAAAUCACAGUCUUCAGUCUUUUCUAACUAUCCUGUCAGGAACUUAAAUUUGCUAAAUGAGGCCUGUAGAGUCUGAGAUGCAGCUCUUAGAUUUUUUUACACUUUUUAUUUUUUAGCACUGCACAACCCGAUGCAGAGGUAAAUACUGUUUGGACACUAACUUAUGGAAACUGCUGUUUCUUUCUUUUACAUUGUCUGUUUCACUGAAGAACAAUGGACUACUGUAAUAAGAAGUUUAUGGGCAGCUCCCAUUGUACCAUUGUGUUAUCUUAUUUUUCCUCUUACUUUUCCAUUUUCACUUCAUCUUUUCUAAGUAAUGACUGUGUGGAAUCUGUUUUGUAUCACUGAAUUCGGAUCUAAAUCACUUUAGAACUGGGCUACAUCCUGACAUGCGAAAUGAGAGAGUGUACUUUCUUUUUAUUGUGACCGGAGCUUCAUAUCUAACUGUGUAUCUUUAUAGUACCGUUGUGAGCCUAUUGUCACAUUCAGAUAGCAGAGGGCAUGUGCUCCCCAUGUUUAUUUCAGCUGGUGCUAGCAUUACUGUACCAGUAUAUGAUGCUGUGCCAUGUAGGGUUCAGACUUUCUACAGAACUGAAUUUAACCACCAGUUAAAGCCCAAGUGAUUAAAUCUAAUGAAACCUGCCAGUUUAGACAUACAUAGAAUUAUUCACAUAUUUCAAUUCAUUGUUCUCAUCAUACUCCUGCAGAGGUUAGUGUUGUGGGAUAAUACGUAUUGAAACCUCUCUCAGCGUGUACAUAUGAGCCAAAUGAUCAGAAAUAUCAGAAGUUGUUUUUCUGAAGAGUUUUCCAAAAUUUUUUACUAUGUGAAACGUUUCGACAAAUGCUCUCUUUUUUUUUUUUUUUUUUUUUUUUUGUGGUUGAUGUUUUUCUGGUCUGUGUAGUUUUAUGGUGCCAGUGUGUUACCAGGACUCUCAAAGAGAAACCUUUGUGAGAAUCUGAUUGUGUGAAUGUAAAAACUGUUUUAAACAGGGGAUUUCAGAGCAACAGGAACUGAUUUGACUGUCUCUCCGCCUUUGUUUUUUUAUUUUAUUUUUUUAAGUUUGUCCAGGCUGAGCUGCUCCUGUAGGACGGUUCUGCACCUCUGUGCUAAAAGACUUAGGAGUUCAUUCUGUUGUUUUCUGUUAAGUUGUGUCUGUCGGGGCAGAUUUGUUUCUGAAUCAUCAUCUAAAAUUGCCACGAGAUUGUUGUGUCUCUCAAGAAGCCACUUUGUUUACGUGUCGACUGUGACUGCCUUCGUUUCUUAUGUGUCCACCUUUCCUCUCUUAUACGGUUUGAGUGCAGUAUUAAAUACAUGAUUUGAAGACGUUUUCUACAAAAUGAGGAAUUGUUGAGUCCAUUUUAAUUCAGCCUUAAAAUGUUUGCUUUAUGCCUCGCCUCUUAAUCAUUCAAUGUAUAAAAGCUAACCAUAAAUCUUUCUUCUAUUACUUUAUCAUUUUUGCAGACUUUGAGGACAAGUUUGACUGUAUUUUUAUUGUUUGUGCUUGUUUAUUUGCUCUCUUGAUCUUUUAUAAAAGUGGUAUAAUAUGUGUUUUGUAGGAGUGGCGGACCAGGGCCUUGGGGUUGGUUUAAAAUUUAAAAGUGUGCAUUUGAAAGCUUUUUACAUCCAGAAACGUUAUUCAUCUGUUCAAAGCCAAAGAACUCCAGUUGCUAUUGUCUAUAUUAUUUGUCUUGGUGUAUUAGAGGAUUCUUGUAAAUUCUCAGAAAACAAAGUCCAUCCUUCAUUUGUUCUUGGUAGAAAAGAAAAUCUACUCCAUAGCUAUCAAAGGGAGUGGGAAUCUUCUUUAUAAGCAUAAUUCCAACCUCAAUUAUUACUGGUUUUACUGGAAAAGAAAAAAAUGCCAUCACCAGUUAACUCAGUCAUGCCCAUGUUAGUACCCUAACCCCGUUGAACCCUGAUGUUUUCCUCCUCUCUGCAUGCUUGCUGUUAGUUUUUGUGUUUGCUUUUUUUUUUGUUCCUCCCCUCUUCACAGCACUUUUCCUUCCUGUUUUACAGCGUUUUUAUUUUUGAAUUGUUCUGUGGUUUAUGUGAACGUUGAAGAAAAAAACUUGGAAAAGAAAAAACUUUGUGGCAUAGUACAGUUCAUUCUGAGAUCAUCUGUAUGUUUGUAGCAUCCAUUUACACAGAGCACUAACAAAUAAAACUUUUUUUCAUUUAUAA